CUAUUGUUUCUGAAGUACUUGAAAGAUGAUAUCGUGAGCCACUCUGAAAAAGGGCAAGGGUCUCGGACAAAAGUAUACUCUGUGAAGAAAGGCAAGAGAAAGACUACUGCUUCUGAAGACCUAAAAGAAGAUAUCAUGAGCCGUUCUGAAAAAGAGCAAGGGUCUGGGAUGAAGGCUGUGAAGAAAGGCAGGAAAAAGGCUAUUGUUUCUGACGACAUAAAAGAAGAUAUUAUGAGCAACUUUGAAGAAGGGCAAGGGUCUUUAACCAAGGUAUCUUCUGUGAACAAAGGCAGGAGAAACACUAUCGUUUCUGAAGACCAAAAAGAAGAUAUCAUUAGCUGCUCUGAAGAAGAAGAAGAAGAAGGGCAAGGGUCUUUGAUAAAGGUAUCUUCUGUGAAGAAAGGAAGGAGAAAGACUAUUGUUUCUAAAGACUCAAAAGCAGAUACCCUGAGCAGCUCUGAAGAAGAAGGGCAAGGGUCUUUACCAAAGGUAUCUUCUGUGAAGAAAGGCAGCAGGAGAAAGACUAUUAUUUCUGAUGACUUAAGAGAAGAUAUUGUGGGCCACUCUAAAGAAGGGCAAGGGUCUGGGAUAAAGGUAUACUCUGUGAAGAAAGGCAAGAGAAAGACUAUUGUUUCUGAAGACCUAAAAGAAGAUAUCAUGAACAACUGUGAAGAAGGGCAAGGGUCUAUGAAGAAGAGCACCUCUGAAGAAGAAGGUCAAGAAUCUUUGACGAAGGUAUCUUCUGUGAAGAAAGGAAGGAGAAAGACUAUUGUUUCUAAAGACUCAAAACAAGAUACCGUGAGCCGCUCUGGAAAAGGGCAAGGGUCGGGGAAUAAGGUAUCCUCUGUGAUGAAACGCAAGGGAAAGGCUAUUGUUUCGGAAGACCUAAAAGAAGAUAUUAUGAGCAGCUCUGAAGUAUUGAAGAAAGGCAAGGGAAAGACUAUUGUUUGUGAAGACCUAAAAGAAUAUAUCGUGAGCAGCUCUAGAGAAGAAGAGCAAGGGUUUCUGAGGAAGGCAUAUUCUGUGAAAAAAUGCAGGGGAAAGACUAUUGUUUCUGAAGACCUGAAAGAAGAUAUCGUGAGCAGCUCUGAAGAUGAGGGGCAAGGGUCUUUGAAGAAGGUAUCUUUUGUGAAGAAAGGCAAGAAAAAGACUGUUGUUUCUGAAGACUUAAAAGAAGAUAUCAUGAGGCGAACUGAAGACAGGCAAGGGUCAUUGACGAAGGUAUCUUCUGUGAAGAAGGGCAGGAGAAAGACUAUUGUUUCUAACGACCUGAAAGAAGAUAUCAUGCCAUUGGCUUCUCAUAGUAGUCCUAUGUCUUCACAAGCUAUAGCCGGAUCUGUUGAAGUAUCUAAACAAAACGCAGAAGGAAGUAUGCCACGUCCAAGGAAGAGAACUGCAAGCGGAUCUGUUGGUGAAGAGGUGGUCGGAUGCAGGAUUAAGGUUUGGUGGCCUCUUGAUCAGACGUUUUACAAAGGCAAGAUUAUGGCUUUUGACCCCUUAUACCAAACCCACCAGGUUGAUUAUGAUGACGGUGAAAUCGAAAUAUUAGACCUAACUGGAGAAUGCUGGGAGCUGCUACAAGACAGCAAUUUGUCUGCUGAUGAGUCGGAGAUUGGUUCUGGUCCUAGCUCUACUAAAGUGAAAUUGGUGUAAUUGUGUUAUAAAGGUUCAGACUGUGCCAUUUGGGGCGUUUAAUGUGAAGAUUUCCCUUGCAACUAGGUGUGCUUAUGUCGGAUUCUGGCAUUGAUUCUCAAUUAAGUUUGUUGUAUGCAGUUUCAGUAUUUGCCGUUUAGGCGUUGGAUAUUUAAAGUAUCGACCUGUGUUAGCUUUUCAAUUCUCGUACCCAAAUUGACUGACCUUGUGAACUACAGUUCAAAUGUUCUCUAAUUGUUAGCACUUGAAAAUUUUAGUUAUCUUCUACAGUUUUUGUAUUUUAA